GAGGGAUGGCCUGGCUUACCCUGUACCUCCUGAACCUUCUCUGGGCUACGGCUGGGACCAGCACCCAGCCCCGAAGCUCGUGCCCUGUUCCCCCAGCACAGCAGCCCUUGGUUAACGGCAUACAAGUACUUAUGGAGAACUCAGUGACCAGCUCAGCCUUCCCCAACCCCAGCAUCCUGAUUGCCAUGAACCUGGCUGGACCCCACAACCUGGAGGCCCAGAAGCUCCUGACUGACAAGAUCGCAGCCAUUGGCACAAACAAUCUGACCAUUGGUCAGCUGGCACUCAACAUCAUGGCCCUCACCUCCUCCUGCCGAGACUCUGGGAAUAAAGUAUCGACUCUGCAGACACAAAUGAAGAACUGGGAACCUGCAGGCCCCAAUGCCGAGGCAUCAAGCUUCUAUCAGCCCAGUCUGGCGAUCUUGGCUCUGUGCCAGCAGAACCCUGAGAGGACCUUGCCAAUAGCAGCCCGUUUUGCCAAGGCCCUGCUGGCCAAUGCCUCUCCCUUCAAUGUUGACACCGGAGCAGUGGUGACCUUGGCUCUGACCUGUAUGUACAACAAGAUCCCUGUAGGAUCAGAAGAAGGUUAUAGAACCCUGUUUGGUAAGGUACUAAAAGAUACUGUGGAGAAUAUCAGCAUGAAGAUCAAAGACAACGGCAUCAUCGGGGACAUCUACAGUACUGGCCUUGCCAUGCAGGCUCUCUCCGUGUCACCUAAGCAACCUACCAAGGAGUGGAACUGCAAGAAGACUAUGGAUGAAGUGCUUAAUGAGAUUAAGCAGGGGAAAUUCCACAACCCCAUGUCCAUUGCCCAAAUCCUCCCAUCCCUGAAAGGCAAGACCUACCUAGAUGUGCCCCACGUGUCUUGCAGCUCUGAUCCUGAGGUGCAAGCCACUCUACCCAGCUAUCCUAGUCCUGUCCCCACCGCAGCAUCCAACAUCACGGUCAUAUACACCAUCAAUAACCAGCUGAGGGGGGUGGAGCUGCUCUUCAAUUUCACCAUUGACGUUAGUGUGAAAAGUGGAUCCGUGCUUCUUGUGGUCCUAGAAGAAGCACAACGCAAAAAUUCCACGUUCAAAUUUGAAACCACAAUGACAUCCUGGGGCCCUAUUGUCUCUUCUAUCAAUGGUAUCACAGAAAAUGUGAAUCACAAGACGUACUGGCAGUUCCUUAGUGGCACGACGCCUUUGAUUGAAGGUGUUGCUGACUACAUACCUUUCGACCAUGAGCAUAUCACAGCCAAUUUCACCCAGUACUAAGGAAGAAGUGGGUUGAGAUUCUAUUG